AACUUUGGGUAGUUGAAGCAAAACUACUUAAGUUGGCUUUCUCAAUAACAAUAACAAAUGACACUUAUAAGAAGCUUCACAACAUAUUUGAAAACUUACCUAAUGUUCAUGUAAAUGUCUAUUUGUCACAACAUGCUCAUACAUUUGCAACUCUUGUGAAUACAUCUGUUGGAGUCAAAGAAAUGCAAAGCAGUGGCAAAACACCAAGAAACAAUAAUACACAGCACCAAAAAACAACCACACCAUCGAAAUCGAAGGCACCAUCAAAUGAUACAGAUAUAAAUG